AAUAUUACUUAAGUGAAGAUGUGCGAAUGCAUCGCGCUGAAUAACUUCUUUGAGUAUUUCCUUUAAUUUGUUUUUCGACGGGAUUUUCUAGUAUUAUUAGCUGUUUAAUUCGUUGAGCAAUUGGAAGUUUUUUAAACUCUUCAAAAGUUUCUUCACUCCUUAUCCCCUCCAAAAUAGUUUAUGAUGGAGGGGAUCUCUGUGCGGUAGUCUGACAUGCGAUUGAGGCUGUUAGUUUUUCUGCAUCUCUGCAAACAGCAUCGAGUUGAUUUCUGCGUAGAGGAUUAGUGACCACGAUUAUACACAACAUUGAUUAUAUGAAAAGUAAGAAAUUUGUAAAAUUAUUAUGGAAAUACAGACAUUUGUUUAUAAAUUUUUACAGAUUGUUCUAUUUUGAAUAGAUGAAAAAUUGUGAUCGGAUGUGAAUUACCAAAAUUGUACAGAUAAGCUCUUUUUUGUAUUAUGUCGUAAAGAAGAAAAAUUCGUGUUAUAAGAGCAAUUUAAUGUUAGAUUAGAUUACGCUUUAAAUCUUCACGUAUUUUGAACAGGAAAAUUAAGUAUUUCGUAAACCUAAUUUACACUUGUGCUUGCAAAAUGAGUGAUAACAGAGUAAAAAAAGGAACAACGAUUUUAACUGGUAAACCAUUCGCCUUUGUUCUUAGUUCACAGUACAAGGCUACUCGAUGUGACAAUUGCUUGAAAAGAGGAAAAUUGUUAAAAUGCUCGGGUUGUCAGCAUGUAUGUUACUGCAAUCGCAAUUGUCAGAAAGAAUCUUGGUCAAUACAUAAAACAGAAUGUGUAUGUCUAAAGAAACUGCCUCCAACGUUAACAUUACCAGAUACAGCUCGACUUAUGGCUCGUAUAAUUAUCAAACUCAAACAAGGUGGAGCUGACGAAAUGGACUAUUACACUGAGAAAAACUUUAGGAAAUACAAGGAUCUGAUGUCUCAUUGUUCGAACAUAGAAGCAGACGUGAAGCGAAUGGAACAUUUUGCCAUGAUAUGCAAAGUUCUAUACCAAUUUCUUGAUAAAACACUUAUGCCUGAUAUUACGGAGUUGAUAGGUAUUUAUGGCAGGAUAUAUACUAAUUGUUUUGGCAUAUUGGAUCUUCAUCUGAACACCAUUGGAAUUGGUCUUUAUUUGGGAGCAUCUGUGAUAGAUCAUAGUUGCAAACCCAACGCGGUUACCAUUUUUGAAGGGACCACUAUUAUUAUCAGAACAUUAACGGAUCUUCCCUCUGUAGACUUGUCGCAGAUAAGAAUAUCGUAUAUUGAUUUACUUAAAUCUAGUAAGGACAGACGCGAAAAAUUGCACAGUUUGUAUUUUUUCUGGUGUGAUUGUGAAAGAUGCGAAAAAGAGGAACCAACGGCCGAAGCGGCUGCUUGUCCAAACUCGUCGUGCGAUUCACCAUGUUUUAUCGUAGCUGACAAAUGCGAGAAAUGUACCACGAGAAUAUCUAUAGAAUUUAAGAAAACUUUUCGGGAAGUCGUUGACUUUACCGCCAAUUAUUUGGCAAAAGUAGCUUUAGAUUUUGAUGAUAGCAGCAACAUAUUAAGCUUGAGUAAGAUAUGUUUGGAAAAGCAGACGAGGGUAAUGCAUAAAUUUAAUUUACAACAUGUCUGUACUCUCGAAACGGCUCAUAUUGCAGCAAUAAAUCUGGGAUAUUUAAAAGAUGCAGAGUUUUAUGGCAAGAAACUUGUGCCAAGAUAUUUAUUGUAUUACGGCGAAAUACACCCUCGGACAGGAAUGCUAUAUCUCACAAUAGGAAGUACACAAUUGCACUUGAGAAAACCGAAAGAAGCGCUCCAAACUUUGAACAAAGCUAGCACGGUGUUAAUGAUAACGCACGGUGAUAAGCAUUCUUUGGUGAAAGAGGUAUUGAGACCUUUGCUUUCUCAAGUUACUAUGCAGUCAAGAUAUUCAUCAUAAAAAUGUUAUUCCCCACCAAUCACUGAAUGUAACAUAGAUUUAUGUAAUGCUACCUAACAGAUAUAACAUUGCAUUUGUUAUAUUCAAUAUUUUGGGUCACGUGAUUAAAAAAUGUUGAAAAAAUAUGCGAUAGAAAAAACUUAGAUGUAAAAU